AUGAGUGUCGGACGUGGUCCUCCUGGGAUUGGCAAGACCACCGUUGCAAGAGUGCUAUAUGACCAGAUCUCUGGAGAUUUCCAGUUUGCUGUCUUCAUAGAGAAUAUCAGGCUAAGCUAUAUGAGACGCUGCCAUGAUGAGGGUUUAAUGAAUGGUGAGCGGCAAAGGAAAAUGAAUUUACAAAGACUGCUCUUGUCUGAAAUAUUCAACCAGAAGGAUAUCCAGAUUCAUCAUCUAGGUGCGGUGCAAGAGAGGCUCAAGGACCACAAAGUUCUUGUCAUUCUUGAUGGGGUUGAUCAGUUAGAGCAACUAAAUGCAAUGGCCAAAGAAACUCAGUGGUUCGGCUACGGAAGUCAGAUUAUCAUCACGACACAAGAUCAAAGGCUUCUGAGUGCACAUGGGAUCAACCAUAUUUACAAGCUGGAUCUUCCGGCUACUGAUGAAGCCCUCCAGAUCUUCUGUCUAUACGCUUUCGGUCAAAAGUUCCCACGUGAUGGUUUUAAGAAACUUGCCACGGAGUUUACUCAACUUGCGGGUGAACUUCCUCUGGGUCUUCGAGUUAUGGGGUCUUAUUUGCGAGGAAUGUCCCUGGACGAGUGGGAAAAUGCACUGCCAAGGUCAAGGACAAGCCUUGACGGUGAGAUUGGUGAGAUAGAAAGAACUCUAAGAUUCAGCUAUGACGUCUUAAGCGAAAAAGAUAAAUCUCUCUUUCUCCACGUAGCAUGUUUGUUCCACGGUUUUCGAGCUGACCAUGUGAAACAGUGGCUUGCUAACAGCGGUUUGGAUGUUAACCAUGGAUUGGAAGUCUUAACUCGUAAAUCUCUCAUAUCUUCUUCAAAUGUGGGUUUCCUAAGGAUGCAUUCUUUGCUGCAACAACUAGGUGUUGACAUUGUCCGUAAAGAAUCUAUCAGAGAGCCUGGGAAACGUCAGUUUUUAGUAGAUGUUAAUGACAUUUCUGAUGUUAUCACAGACAAUGCAGGCACUGGGACUAUUCUAGGCAUAAUGCUAAAUAUCUCUAAGAUCGAGGAGGACGCAUUAGUUGUAGAAGAAAGCGUGUUUGAUGGGAUGACUAAUCUCUAGUUUUUGAUAUUUCACGACUGUUUAAGAGAUAAAUUGAACUUCCCUCUUGGUCUGAAUUGUCUUCCUCGUAAACUCAGGUUACUGCACUGGGACUAUUGUCCACUAAGACUUUGGCCCUCUACGUUCUCCACAAAGUUUCUCGUUGAACUUAUCAUGCGGGGGAGCAAAUUUGAGAAGCUGUGGGAAGGAAUCCAGUCGCUUAAGAAUCUCAAGCGGAUGGAUUUGAGUGACAGCAGGAGCUUGAAAGAGAUUCCAGAU